AUGGCAUCGCAAUUUCUCCGUUCCACCAACUCGCGUUACGUAGCUGGAGUUCUCGCUGCUCUCGGAGCCGGAUCUGCUCUCUACACCCUCACUCCACAGCAAAUCCAAGCAAAGUCUGAGGUUGAUUCUGCUACCAUCAAGAAGAUCGAAGAGGCCUAUGCUAAGCUGAACGGUCCAGAAGGAGCCAAGUGCAAAUCUCUUUUGAAGAAACAUCUGACGAAGGAUGUCGUCGACAAACUGAAGACAAAGAAGACUAAUCUUGGAGCCACUCUCUACGACUGCAUCCGUUCGGGAGUUUAUAAUUUGGAUGCUGGAGUUGGAGUUUAUGCUCCAGAUGCUGAAGCAUACACUCUCUUCGCUCCACUCUUCGACAAGAUUAUUGAGGAGUACCACGGAUUUACUCCAAAACAAAAACAACCACCAGUUGAUCUCGGAGAAGGAAAGACAAAGGAGUUCCCACCAUUGGAUCCAAAAGGAAAAUACAUAAAGUCGACUAGAAUUCGUUGUGGACGUUCAUUGAAAGGAUAUCCAUUCAAUCCAUGUCUGACUCAAGACAACUAUCUUGAGAUGGAAGGAAAGGUGAAGAAGGCUUUCUCUGAAUACUCGGACAAGGAGCUCAAGGGAAAAUACUAUCCAUUGGAUGGAAUGAGCAAAGACACUCAAAAACAAUUGAUUGCUGAUCACUUCUUGUUCAAGGAGGGAGACAGACAUCUUCAGUAUGCCAACGCCUGCAACUUCUGGCCAAAGGGACGUGGAAUUUUCCACAACAACGACAAGACCUUCUUGAUCUGGGUGAAUGAGGAGGAUCACAUGAGAAUCAUCUCCAUGCAAGAAGGAUCAGAUGUUGGAAAAGUUUUGGACAGACUUAUCAAGGGAGUUCGUGGAAUUGAGAAGCAGGUUCCAUUCUCUCGUGACGAUCGUCUCGGAUGGUUGACCUUCUGCCCAACGAAUCUCGGAUCCACCGUCCGUGCAUCGGUUCACAUUGCUCUACCAAAACUCGCUGCUCGCAAAGACUUCAUUGAAAUCUGCGAGAAACUUAACCUCCAAGUCCGUGGAAUUCACGGAGAACAUUCGGAAUCGGUUGGCGGAGUCUAUGAUAUUUCCAACAAGGCUCGUCUGGGACUUUCGGAGUACCAAGCUGUGAAACAGAUGUAUGACGGUGUGAAGAAGUUGAUUGAGAUGGAAGAGAAAGAGAAGUAA